AUGGGAGAUGCUAAACCAAUCAAAACUCCUUUUGAGCAAAAUCAGAAGGUUACUUCGUUUGAAUAUGAUCAGAGAUAUCCACCAACAGAUGAAGAUAAACUGCUGAAAGAUCCUUCUGUGUUCAAGAGAUUAAUAGGCAGAUUGCUUUAUCUAACUAUGACUAGACCGGAUAUUAGUUUCUCAGUACAAACUCUCAGUCAACAUAUGCAUAAUCCAAAGCAGUCACAUUUGGAAGCUGCACUGAGAAUUGUUAAAUAUAUAAAAAAGAGUCCAGGACUUGGACUACUGAUGUCGUCAAAUAGCAGCAUGGAGUUAAUAGCCUACUGUGAUUCUGACUGGGCUGCGUGUCCAGUGAGUAGAAAAUCUGUUAGUGGCUAUUGUGUAAAGCUAGGUGAAUCUCUCAUAUCAUGGAAAACAAAGAAACAAAGUACUGUGUCAAGGUCAUAG